AGGCAUACAAUACAGAAUGCAUUUGUAGGUGUAUAACAACGUGUGUUCUUACAGGGUAUUCAUUGUGUCCAAUCUCCAACGUUGUAAGAAUAUUAUUUCAGAAAUGUGAGGAAAAAGGCUAUCCAGAUAUCAAGAUAAAAUUAAUGCGGAUUAUGUUCAUGCAUCCCCCUUGUACCAUGGCCUCAACGAGGGGGCGAUGCUUGUUCCCUCCCCCUACUCUAGGGACGCUAAAGUGAUCCUUUCCCCCUCACACACUCACAUGUGUUCGGGGACCGAAACACACGCCAUCUCUCACUGAAGCUCAAGAACUAUUCCCAAACCUGUGAACCAGGAAUCAUGACGGCCAUCACAGCCCCGAGCGACAGAUACAAUGCUGUGUGGAUCAUCUUCUUCAUCCUGGGCCUGGGAACCCUUUUGCCAUGGAAUUUCUUCAUGACCGCUACCAUGUACUUCACCAGCAGGCUAAAGGACCAUGACCUGUCCCUCAACCACACCGCCAACAUGACCGACGCAGCCUCAUCGGACACUCGCAAUAUCCUGGAGUCAAAGUUCAACAACGUGAUGACGCUGUGCGCCAUGGUGCCGCUGCUGAUCUUCACCUGCCUCAACUCCUUCAUCCACCAGAGGAUCUCCCAGAAGCUGCGUAUUUGCGGGUGUCUGGCGGUCAUCUUGGGUGUGUUCCUGCUGACGGCCAUCUUGGUCAAGGUGGAAGUGGAUCCCCUGGCCUUCUUCACCAUCACCAUGAUCAAGAUCGUCAUCAUCAACUCGUUCGGCGCGGUGCUCCAGGGGAGUCUGUUCGGCCUGGCGGGGCGUCUGCCCGCCUCCUACACCACCCCCAUCAUGAGCGGCCAAGGCCUGGCCGGAACCUUCGCCGCCUUCUCCAUGAUCUGCGCCUUGGCCAGUGGCUCCGCCCUGCAGGACAGCGCCGUGGGCUACUUCAUCACGGCCUGCGUGGUCAUCUUCCUGGCCAUCCUAGCCUACAUCGCCCUGCCCAAGAUGGAGUUCUUCCAGUACUACAUGGAGAGUAAUGGAUCCAGUCUCACGGGGGAGGAGGAGAACAGGAUGGAUCUGCUUAAGAAAGACGGCUCUGGGGAGAAGGGCACUGCAGCGGCGGGAGGCAGGCAGAGCCCGUCGGUGUUGGGCAUCUUUAAACAGAUCUGGGUGAUGGCAUUGUCUGUGUGCUUCAUCUUCACCAUCACCAUCGGAACGUUCCCCGCCGUGACGGUGGAGGUGAAGUCCUCCGUGGCCGCGGGCAGUGCCUGGGACACCUACUUCAUCCCCGUGUCCUGCUUUCUGCUCUUCAACCUGAUGGACUGGGCCGGCCGCAGUCUCACUGCCGUCUGUAUGUGGCCGGGGAAGGACAGCCUGUGGCUGCCGGUGCUGGUGGGUCUGCGGGUGGUCUUCGUACCGCUGUUCAUGCUGUGUAACGUGCAGCCGCGAAGCUACCUGCCCGUGCUGUUUGGGCACGACGCCUGGUACAUCCUCUUCAUCGUCCUCUUCUCCUUCUCCAACGGCUACCUGGCCAGCCUCUGCAUGUGCUUCGGACCCAAGAAGGUGGCGCAACAUGAAGCUGAGACGGCCGGCGCGGUCAUGGCCUUCUUCCUGUCCCUGGGUCUGGCCAUGGGGGCCGCCCUGUCCUUUGGCUUCCGAGCCAUGAUCUAAUAACCCCCCCACCCGCCUCCUCCCCCACGGUAUGGACACCCUACUGUCCCCCCUCUCCCCCCUCCUGUUUGUUGAACGUUCUCACAGAGCUGUCUUCCCCCACUCCCCCCGGCCGAGGGCUGGAGGGAGUGGGUCACAAAUACUAGACCGACUGAAUCACCAAAACCUUUCUCCUAUUGCUGUUGCUGAAUGUGCCAAACGGUUGUGGAGCGAGCCUAAUUUCUCUGAGCCCCGGGGUGGAAAGUCACGGAAAAGUGUUGAGUCAGCCCCGUCUGGUGACGUCAGAGAAGAAGAACAGCGGCCCUCUGUGUCCCCGUUGUGACAGAGUGUUUAAAGGGAUACUCUAGGGGCAAACGGCAGUAGCAUGUAGACAGAAGGAACUUCUCUGAUUCUAUUCAAUGGUACAUAUUGUCCGACGUAAAUAUGUGUCUGCUUUUUAUAUAGACUAUAGACAUACUUUUUUGUUGAUUCUUUCUCAGAAAUGUCCUGUUUCAAACAGCUAACGGCUUUAGGUUCUGCACAAAGUGAGAAUCUAACAGCGGACGUGUUUUGGCACUGGCAACCGAGUCGGGGGUCAGCGAUGUGAAAUUAGAGCUGUACCAAUAGGCAGGUUGAUCUCUACCAAAUAUAAGACGUUACCUGACAACCCACACAGCUAGGUGUGUCUAUACGUACUCGCCCAAUACUGCCCUCAGAUAACAGACGUGUGUGUGUGUACGUGGGUGUGUGUGUGUGUGUGUGAUAGUUACUGAUGGUAGUUGCAGAUUGUACAACUAGGGGGCAGCAGCGGUAAGGUCCUCAUCCCCUAAAGAUACAUGCUAUUUCCAGUGUCCUACAAUUAAUGCUGUGACGUUGUUACUGUUAUUGGUGACCUCAAUAUUUCCAUGGGGAUGGGAAAUUCUUUGGAACGUGACCCAGUCAUUUCCAUAAGGAGACCUGGGCGAUGUGCUCGUAUCGGGACUGUAUGUGUGUGAAGAUCUCUCCUUUCUCACUGCGAUUACUUGUUUUGGAGUCGUUUGUUAAUUUACUUUUUAUCCUCCCA